UCUUAGGUUGCAUUGGGUGCUGACAGCGGUCUAGCCAACGAUCUGCCGUUGUGCCUGGCCGACCCUUGUAUCAUGUCCACCAAACCAAAACCAAAGUCGAGCAGCUGUUACAUUGGCAGCGACACCUGAGACCUUUGCCGCACCACCACACAUUGCACAGACAGCUCGAGCCUCCUCCUCCUGAUUUCCCGUCUUCGAAUUUUAAUCACUCGCUGACGUUUUAGCGAGACACAACAAUCUGCCCCAGCCGACACACAAUCGACUUUGUUGGCGCGUACAGUACUCGACCUCCAUGACGUGCAGAUGAUCAAGGAUAAGAGGCAUCAAGGCACCAUACUGCGAGGACCCGAGCACGAACAUUUUCCCGGCGUUCUGUGGCCCCCUUCUCUCGCAUAAGCGGAAGGAUCUCCUGUCAUACACCACCUGCACCCACUUCUUUCCUCUAUCUCUACUGGGCAAUCGCGGGGCUGUCGCUACUCUCUUCGAAACAUCUUGGAUCUUUCGUGUUUGACGACUUCGUUACCAUUGUUUGACGCAGCAUUAAUGUGCCGUCGUCUGCUAUCUCCAUUCUGACCGCUGCUUCUGAGGACCACAUUAUUUUUCCGCAUGCCGAGGUUCGAGUUUGAGAUUGCGCCACGCGGAAAGCAUCUUCGCCAUCACUGACAACCCGAUCUUUCAAACCCCCCAUCAUAGUCGCUACUAUCGUAAGAUCUGGUCGCCCGAAGAUUCAGCACCAUUAAAUCCAUCGACAGUCAGCGAUCCGCACACUGGGUAGAUCAACAGUUCAUAUACGAUAACGUUGACUGGAGGAACCCCGCCCCUCCUCGACAACGGGCAUUGAUCUGGAUCGAGCUAUCGCCGCCUCUGCACUUACCCAAUGUGGUGUCAUCCGACACGAAUGGUAUUGCACCAUGCAAGGCUACUCGACGACUCCCGCCCCUCCGCCAGGUCCCAAGAACUAUGUCUUUGUCGAUGAACACAAUCGGCACAAGCGCCUCAAGGUCAUGCGUGCAUGCGAAGGAUGCCGCCGCCGCAAGAUCAAAUGUGAUUCUGCCACCACCAACACGUGGCCUUGCGCCGCCUGUGUUCGCCUUAAGUUACACUGUGUGCCUCCAACAGGAGGCUUGGAAGGAGACGCAGGGGACAUGGCACCUGAGAAUGUCGCUGAGCAGAGCAUCGAAUCGCAACCUUACAUCCCACCUCCAGCGCCGCCAGUACAGCAAACGCAACAUUAUGCUGCUCCAGAGCAGUCGUUUCAGCCGAGUCAGGCUGGCGCCUUUUCUUAUGAUGCAUAUGUUGCCAACUAUCCGAAAUCAUCCUACGACAUGACUGGAAAGUCCUAUGGCAAUUUCUAUCCGAGCCCACAGCAGUUCCCGGGGCCUUUGAACGACCCAUAUCAGACCGGCGGACAGACUUACGCGCCUUUCCAGACCGACUCGGAAGCGCAUAGACAAGAACGCUCUGAUUCUUCGCCGAUAGACCAGAUGACCGCAGGAGAACUCAUAGAGUAUCUUGGUGAGUUGAAGAUUGGCGAAAACGGCAUUGCGCCUUACCUGCGGUCAGAGAAAAGCCAAGGUAAUGAAUCCGAAGCUCCAGUUCAAGAGCCCGAGCCAGAAUCGAAAAUCGCUGCGGCUUUCCGUACCGAUGCUGGUUCGCAGAUUCGGAUCCCUCCGGCACUAAUGCCAUCAGACGAGGAGGCCUCUCAAGCCUUUCAGACCUUUUUUAGAGACGUUCAUCCAUAUGUACCCGUCCUCAAUAGACGGCAGUUCUACGACCAAUGGCGUUAUGACCGAGCCUCCCUGUCUCCUUUGGUCCUCGAGGCCAUUUUCGCCAAUGCUGGUCGUCUUUCGGACGACCCCGCUCAAGGUGCUCAAUGGCUGGCGCUUGCCAACAAGCACGAGGCAUGCUUCUUGGACAGUCCACGAAUCAGCACUAUACAAGCCUUAUUGCUGCUUCUCAAAGCUCGUGAAAGCGCGCCGAAACGCGGAUAUUACUACCGAUCGUGGAUGACGUGCAAAACAGCAGUCACGAUGGCAAAGGAUCUCGAAUUAGAUGAACAUCAUGAGACUCAUUCAGCUGGAGAAGACUGCGGUUCGGACCCGGUCGAAUGCCUGACUAAGACUCGACUAUGGCAGACUCUUCUCAUCUGCGAGACGAUGGUCGGAGGCCCACAGGGUCGUACCGACCUGGGCGUUGAUCCGACUUCCGUUGAUACCAGCAUUAAUCCUCCCUGUUCGGACAUCGACGAUUUCGAAAAAGCAAUAUGCAGACAGUUUGCCUAUUUCGUCCGCAAUGUUCGCAACAUUCGUCUCAUCACCGAUGUCUCGAUAAAGCUCAAGAAGAAGAAAGACUGGGGCUUAGACCAAGAGUUCGUGGCGCACAAUGCAGCCUUCAAGAAAUGGCCAGAUGAGUUGCCCAAAGAUCUGCAGAUAACAUUACCGCAGAAUGGAGGUGUACCGUCUCUGGCCUCGCAUUUCGUAGGGAACAUGCAUUCCCACUAUCACCUUGCAAUCGUCAUGCUGCAUCGGCCACAGUUGAAAGCUUCUGAGUCUUUCGGGGCCGACAGUCAAUGGCGACACCACAUGACUACUUGCUAUAGGUCUGCAAAGGUCCUUUGCCGCAUCCAGGAAGCAGUCCUAGCCCAAUACGAUCUCACCGGACUACUCUGUAUGCAGAGGGGCAUCAAUUUCACCAUCUACGCCAUCUUAACGUGUAUCAUGCUACACCUCGUCGCUCUUUCCUCGCCCGACCCAGAGUUCAAUUCGGAAGCAAAAGACUAUUUUGUCCGUCACAUGCGCAUACUCGAGCGAUGUGUCGCGGCUUGGCCCAUGCCAGAAACGGAGGCUCAGAUCAAUUCUCUUCGAGCAGCUUUCUCGGCAGAUGUCACCAAGCCUUUCGAACUGAAGGAGUCUUUUCCGCUUGGCUCACCAUCCGAUCAAUCCCGCCCAUCUCCAAUGUCCCAGACGUCCUCCGAAAGGCAACAGCAACAGCAACAGCCGCAGCAGCAGCAGCAACAGUCAGCACACCAACUAGUCACGGCUGACCUUCAACAACCUCAACCGAACUACUUUCCUCCACAUAUGAACCAGAUGCGCGGUCCCACGAACUACUUAGCCACUCCUCCAGUGUCCUCCUAUUCCAGCGACUCGAAACCUCAGACUCCCAUCUACCCACAAACUUUUGAGCUCGAACAGACACAAUAUCCCGGUAUGCCGACGUCAGCAGGCGGGUAUUACCACCAGCCAACAUCAGCACCCGACAUUCAAUGGAACCCGACCCCAAUCAUUGACCAAUUCGAUACAGCCUUCGCCAUCCCAUCCUCUCAGCUCGCACCUCCGCCUUCGAUGUUCGGUGGUAGCGGCUCCUCUCCACCAGGGAAUAUGCAAAAUCUACAAGCCAGCUUUACGUCGACCAACUCGCCGACAUACGGAGUAAACACGCAGGGUUACCCUCAACAACCUCAAUAUUUCUCGGCACACUCGCAAUCGUUCCCCGAUCUGUCCUCACCCGUGGCCGGGCACAGGACACAACUUCCUUCAUCGUCCUCGACUGCAUAUCCGACUUCAGGUGUCGGUGGAGGCAUGUUUGUAACGUCGCGGCAGUGGCAACAGAGUGUCGCUAAUGUCAUGGAUACGGGCGGGUUGAAGAGGAGGUGGGACUAUGAGCAGCAUUGACGAGGGCUAUAAGCUGUAAUCAAGCUAAACGAAAAAAAAUACUAGCAAAGCAUGCUGGGCAUGCUCAACCGCGAGGGCUACGACGGGACGAGAUACGACGUGAUUUUGGGACUUUGACAGAAAUGGGUUAUGAUGUUCUACGAUCCGGGCGAAAAGGGCAAAUGAAAAGAGAAGCGUGCUUGUCUGCAGAUAAUGAAAGUGAGAGUGCACAACUUGAUACCGACACCGAUACCGAUACCCAGGAAAGAGACGGAAAGUGAAAGGAGUAGCAGUACCCAAAAUUCCAUGAGCCAGUAUUAUUGAGACGGAAAUAUGAAUGAUCUAUACUCUAUUUUGCUUCCCUGUGUAUUCUCAAGAAAUAGAGUAACAUAGUCUUCGACAAGAGAGGCGGCUCUGGUGGCAAUG